GACCGAAUACUGUGAGACGUUCGGCUACAGUGCGAGCCAACGCUCAUCACAAAUCUCGUAAAGAAACAUAAUUUACAAUACAAUACAGUACUGUACUUAGUGUCGCAAGUGUUUGGUGUGUCAUUGAUUACAUAAAAAGUAAAAAUGCGCUGCCCGUUCAUAGGAUCGUUGAACCAGGCCUUCGUAAAGAAUUACGGGGCGACUCUUAUGAAACAAUACGGAAACUAUUGCCCUAUGAUCACUCGCGGAUUCCGUUCUCUUGGCAUUGAUGAAACCAAGUGUCCCUUCAUUCAGCAGAAUGUGGGCAUCUCUGAGGCGCCCAAGGAGAUGACCGAGGACAUCACGGAGCCCAUGCAGUCGUACCACUAUGAGAAGUUCUUCCACGAUCAGAUCAGUGCCAAGAAGAGAGACUACUCGUACCGCAUCUUCAGGAAAGUGUCGCGGUUAGCUGCGGACGGCGUGUACCCGCAGGCGCUGGAGGGCCCCGACAACCACCGCGUGACCGUGUGGUGCGCCAACGACUACCUGGGCGCGUCCCGCCACCCUGUCGUGCAGGAUGCAGCUAUCAACGCCAUCAAGUCGUACGGUACAGGCGCGGGAGGCACCAGGAACAUCGCCGGGAACUCUCAGAUGACUGAAAAACUUGAAGCUGAAAUAGCCCACCUGCACAAGAAACCAGCAGCUUUAAUAUUUAGUUCAUGUUUUGUAGCAAAUGACGCUACUCUAUCAACAUUGGCAAAAAUUUUGCCAGGAUGUUUAAUCUUUUCCGAUGCUGGUAACCAUGCAUCUAUGAUACAGGGAAUUCGAAACAGUCGAGCACCAAAGCAGAUAUUCAGGCACAAUGAUCCGAAUCACUUGAGAGAGUUAUUGUCUCAAUCACCAGCGGGCGUUCCUAAGCUAGUCGUGUUUGAGACUGUCCACUCGAUGAGCGGUGCGAUAUGUCCUUUAGAUGAAAUGUGUAACAUAGCCCAUGAGUAUGGUGCUCUUACAUUUGUUGAUGAAGUCCAUGCUGUAGGACUAUAUGGUAAACAUGGGGCUGGUAUAGGAGAAGAGAGAGGGAUACAGCAUAAGAUUGAUAUAGUAUCGGGAACAUUAGGAAAAGCAUAUGGGAAUGUUGGGGGCUACAUAGCUGGGUCUUCUCUAUUGGUGGACACAGUGAGAUCUCUGGCCCCCGGCUUUAUCUUCACGACGGCGCUGCCUCCGCCAGUGUUGGCGGGGUCACUGGCCGCCAUUAGACUCCUCGCUAGUGAGGAGGGCAGAAGUUUGCGAGGAAGGCAUCAAGCUAUCGUGCGAUACUUGAAGCUGUCACUCCUGGUAGCCGGCCUGCCGCAGUUGCCGUCAGUCAGUCACAUAGUACCUGUUCCUAUCACGGGCGCGGACAAGGUGGCCGCGGUGGCAGAGUCGCUUAUGAAGCGCGGCCACUAUGUGCAAGCCAUCAACUACCCGACUGUGGCGCGAGGCGAGGAACGCUUGAGGUUCGCGCCCGGCCCCUACCACACGCCAGAAAUGAUCGACAGUCUAGUCACUGCCCUUACUGAAGCAUUCCACGAAAACAAUAUCAGUUUCAAUGAGUUCAUGAAGAAUGGUACGUGCCGCGAGUGCAGCAUGGAGUACAAGGUCGACAUCGCCUACGAGGAACCCUUCAAAUAUACGCAGGUUGCAUAGGCUGACCUUGCCAUGACCGUUUCAACCAUGACAUUGGGCGCUUGGUAUAAUUAAAAAAUAUAUGUAAAGAAAUAUGUAAGCUAUAAAAAUGUAUGUUUAUAUUUAUCGUUGUUCUAUUGCGGUUCGUGGUGCAUGUUAGGUUGAAAUUAAAACGUGGUAUCAUGGA